AUGGAAUUGGUAAUUGUCCUUCUAGCACAAUUGCUUUUCAUUGCAGUUGUGUUUGGGACGGCACUAGCUGUAGCAUGUGCCUUCAGAGCACAGAAGAAAAAGAAAGACCAACAAUACUCGAAGGUUGAACAGAAUAAUUAUAACCAAGUCCCCGAACUGUCUUUUCCAAAGAUGGUGAACAGAAUGACAGCUCUGUAUCAUAAACCAUUAAGCCAAUCAUCUAUUGGAAUCGACAUACCCCGUCUUGUUCCAAAACUGAUUUUUGUUUCUGAAGACGGGAUUGAUCGGAAAGAAUUGAUCAGUGGUGCGAACUUGUAUAAAGAUGAUGACCAAUACGCAAUGGAACGCACUCUUGAAAAAGUUGUAUCUGAGAUGAUACUCCAAUUCGAUGGGAAGAAACUUGUUGAAAAGUUUCGCAAGGAAUUCGAAGCACAAUUUGUUUAUAUAAAAAAGGGGGGAAAUGGUGAUUGUGGUACUUUUUUCACAAAAUUAUUACCAAAGGUCUUUCCUGAAGACUCACUCACUUUGAUGGUUAUGAAGACGUUUACUCAGGCUCUCUUCGCUUCUGCAGUCGAAUUUUUAUUACCUUUGAGACUGAGUCAUGGAUACCAUGACGGGUUUUCUGGUUGGAGAAUAUUAUUAAUAAACACACCUACUGAAGUUAUUGUCAGACACGUGAAAGGGGAGAAAAGUUACAAAUCUGACGGAUUUACAUUUGAGUGGUCGCUUGUUUAUAUCAUCAACAAGAAGACUCGGGAGAUCUCCAACGUCAAAAUCAACAUCUUCAACGUCGACUUCAUCAAUUACCCUCUCGAAAAUCAAAAGGGAUUUAAUUCCAUGAUUGACAACAUUAACCGCACCGCACAAUUUUAA